AUGGCACCUAUUCGCAAGAAAUUGAUCGCAAUUGGGGAUUAUACAUCUGAGAAAACAAAGCUCUUGUUUACGUUUACCUUAGGCAAGAUACCUGAGGUGUAUGUCCCAACUGUAUUUGGGAGUCAUGUUGUUGACAUUGAAGUGGAUAACCAAGUAGUGGAACUGUCGCUGUGGGACACUGCUUCACAAGAAGACUAUGAUCGCCUGAGGCCCCUCAGCUAUCCGAAAACAGAUGUCAUCCUGCUGUGCUUUGCUGUGGACAGUCUUGACUGCUUUGAGCAGGUUCCUGACAGAUGGGUGCCCGAGGUGAAACACUUUUGCCCUAACGUACCAAUAAUACUCGUGGCAACUAAGAUAGACUUAAGAAAUGACGAAAACGUAGUGAAGGAGUUGUCAAAGAUGAGACAGGAGCCUGUUAAAACGGAGGACGGAAGAGCGAUGGCCCAGCGCAUCGGUGCUUCUGCUUAUAAGGAAUGCUCAUUUGAAAGCAUCAAGGAGAUCAACGAAGUGUUUGAGGCCGCUGCGAUGGCAGUUCUAGAGGGACAAGAUCCACCUGUUAGCUGCGUUAAUCGUUGCCCGUUAUUGUGA